GCCUCGGUACUCCCUUUCCCAAGUCGAAACCCAUGUCCUCUGCUCCCAUCCGCUCGCCGACGCUGCGGCCCCACAGGAUGAAAAAAGACGAGUCGUUCCUGGGCAAGAUCGGUGGCACCCUGGCGAGGAAGAAGAAAGCCAAGGAGGUGAGUGACUUGCAAGAAGAGGGUAAAAAUGCAAUCAAUGCACCAAUGAAUCCAAGCACUGUGGACAUGCAUCCAGAAGAUACUUUCUUAGAGGAGAAUGAGGAGCGCACUAUGAUUGAUCCUAACUCCAAAGAAGACCCCAAGUUCAAAGAACUGAUCAAGGUUCUAAUUGACUGGAUUAAUGAUGUGCUGGUGGAGGAGAGAAUCAUUGUCAAACAUCUUGAAGAGGACCUUUAUGAUGGGCAGGUGCUGCAGAAGCUGCUAGAAAAAUUGGCUGACCGUAAACUGAAUGUAGCAGAAGUGACGCAAUCUGAAAUUGGUCAGAAACAAAAGUUGCAGACUGUUCUGGAAGCUGUCCAUGAUUUACUUCGACCCCAUGGCUGGACAAUCAAGUGGAACGUUGACUCAAUCCAUGGCAAGAAUCUGAUUUCCAUUCUUCACCUUCUGGUAGCUUUGGCAAUGCAUUUCCAGGCUCCCACUCGACUGCCUGAACAUGUGUCUGUACAAGUGGUGGUUGUACGGAAACGUGAAGGCCUUCUUCAGACAACUCAUGUUACAGAGGAGCUGACGACUACGACAGAGAUGAUGAUGGGAAGAUUUGAGCGUGAUGCCUUUGAUACACUUUUUGAUCAUGCGCCAGACAAACUCAGCGUAGUCAAAAAGUCUCUGAUCACCUUUGUGAACAAACACUUGAAUAAACUGAAUUUGGAAGUAACUGAGUUAGAAACCCAGUUUGCAGAUGGUGUUUAUUUGGUUUUGCUCAUGGGUCUUCUUGAAGACUAUUUUGUUCCACUUCACAACUUCUACUUAACGCCUGAAAGUUUUGAUCAAAAGGUCCACAAUGUUUCCUUUGCUUUUGAGCUGAUGCAAGAUGGAGGACUCAAAAAACCAAAAGCUCGUCCUGAAGAUGUUGUCAAUUUGGAUCUGAAGUCUACCCUCAGAGUUCUAUACAAUCUGUUCACAAAAUACAAGAAUGUGGAAUGAUCUUGGAAUCUGCUGAGGUCUUCAUCAUACCAGCCUCCUUAGACAAAAAAAAAAAAAAAAAAACACAAUAAAAAUGCCCUCUGCACGCUCCCUUUGUGCCUUAUGCUAUACUUCGUGCAUUCUUUCUACAGUUGAUGUGGUCUCUCUAUAGCUGUUUAUAUGACAAUCCCACUAAAAAUAAUGCGCAUGUACUCUCUAGGUCACUUGAAAAUGUGUAGAUAUUUCACACUUUUACCAGAAGAUACUGUUGGGUCUGAUUUGUUAUGAUCAACAAGUGUUCUUUUGAUAAAAGAAAUAUACCACUAACUACUUAAAUAAGCAGGGACAACAUGAGAACUUAUUAAUGUCUGUCUGUAGACUCUGAUUUUAUAACCUUUCUUUAGCAAACUUCUUGGUUACCAUUACCAUUUGGAGAUUUUCCAGGCUUAAGCAUUAGUGAUACAAAAUCGGCAUUGGAAUUUAUUUAGAAGCUGAGCCCCUUCUUUUAAAUAAGGUUUUGUAUGUUCUGUUGGGUGGGUGGGGUCAAAUUACAGGCACUAUCUGAAGCUACAUGAUAAAACCUUCAGUUUUUGUGUUCACCUCAUAAUAACCAGUGUUAUUUCCAUUCAGUGUUUACACAGAAUAAGUCUUGCAGUAGGAUAACCAUCUAAUCUUUUCAUGUCUAUUUUUAUUUCUUCUCCAUUCUAGGAGAAGUUUGGUUGAUAGAACCACUACCAUCCUUUAAGCAUGCAGCUUCUAUCCAGUCAGUCAGUCAGUCAGGAGCUGGUCAGAUAUGCCCAGGUUGGAUUAAUGCAUUUUGCCCCCAGCCCUUUUUGAAAUGUACAUGGGGAAUAAUGAGUUUGGCAGUUUAAAGACUGGCUCUUUGUUUUGUGUAGCUAAGAUGAUGGGUCAGAUUCCUCUUGAAGUUACUGGCAGCUGUACAAUUUUUGUGAUCAUGCAUUUAUAAACAGUUUUUAUGUAUUUUCUUUCCUAAAGAGUGAAAAACUAUUUCUAUAUAAAUGAGAGAUUGCCUUUACUUGAGCAUUGCGCUGGGUUGUGCUAGACAAGGUGUAUCCAGUGCAAGCCAAUGGUUAGUGCUUCAAAUUUGAAGCUCUUCGGUGAUGUUCAGUUGUGCUUUAAACUAAUUUCAUUGAGUUGCCCUGUGUCAUCCCAAGAAAUACUCUGCUAUACCCUGCUCUAGCACUCUAGUCUCUAAGCUGUUACAGAUUUUAGUGGGAAUGCCUUUUAAAAACAAAAGGAUUGUUAGUUUUAUCUGAUAGACUGAAGUUACCUCUUAGUACUUAACAGGUUUCAUCUGCAGAUCUGUUCCUGGCUGGUGGUGUACUCGUUAUAGCUGUGUGUGCAAGGAGGCUGUGCUGGCACAUGAGCUGUCUGAGUAGAUUUUGGAGAAGAACUGUGCCAAAGAAAUGGAAUUGUAAUUUCCAGAGUAAAUUAUAUGUAUAUAAUAGCACUCCUUUCCUUGGAGUGCCUAGGGGAAGGAUUUGACUCCUGCUUUUAUGCAUCACAGAAUCAUAGAUCCUAUGAUUAGAAUCACAGCAGCAACUUUUCUUCUAUGGGCAGCCAUGAUUUUGUGUGAAACAUAAGGCAGAGUACCCCAAAGAGGAAGCAGAUGGCAUUGCUCUGCUCUUUGGGAUCACUUGAGUCUUGUAGGUUGCCAUUUUUCCCCCCCAAAAUUGAUUUCUUUGGCUAAAAAUCAUUUACCUUUCGAAUACAAGAGGAAAUGUGCUAUUUGAAUUGUAGAAUUUUACAUCAGGAUUUUUUUCCUUUCCUCCUUAAACAUUUUUUAAGUUUAGGAAGAUGGGAAAUGAGCUUCUGCUUCUUUGUUUCAUAUUUUGGGGUUCUGAGUUCUGGUGAUGAAUUAUUUAUGCCACCUCCCCUUAUGCCUCCAAACCAAAGGUGAAGGGAAGUUUUUCCCCCCCCUUUUUUUUUUUUUUUCUCAUGAAAAAAUUCAGGCCCAUCUCUCCUGUAAGGCUUUGUGGGAAUCAGUGGUUGUUUGUACUUUAGGAGGAAGCUGACCUCUUGCUGUUUAUACAAUGCCUAGUACAAUAUGACUUGAAUUUCAGAUGGGGCCUUUAGACUCUACCAUGGUGCUGGCAAUUAUUACAGAGACUUGCAGAGGCACUAAGGCCAGGUGGGUCAGCUCUGCUGGCUAGUUAAUGAGAUCGGUCUAACUUUUGUGCUGUGAAAUAGGUGUAUCAUGAGGCUGGGAAAUGAUUGAACCAAAGGUUCUCUCAAACUUUUUUUUUGUUUAAUGAAAUGUACUUGUGGGAAACAAGUCUGUUAAAGAGCUCUUAUUCCUCCUACUUCCCUUCAGCUGAUGUGGAAGUGCCAGUGCUAUUUAUAUUCUCUGAGAUGUUGGCAAAGACUCAGAGAAUCUAGUUUUAAAAUUGCUGGCAGUAUUAAUAUCAAAAGCAAACAAAGUAACACGAGGAGAUUGAUUAGAGCAGUUUCCCUUUGGGAGAAGGAAUGGCUAUUUCUGAGAUGGAAAUUUAUAGCCGAUAUUUAAUUGCCUAUGAGCAGAUGUGAACAUAACACAUUUUAAGAAUCUGUAUUUUGUUCAGUUAGGUGUUUCUGGUCACUAUGCAGAAACCCAAAUCCCUCCUCUGCAACCUGAGGCAUGGGCCCCUGCUAGCAUUCCUUACAUUAACAUUCCAGUCAGUCAAGACUGCGGGCUUGAUGCAUUGGACAGGCUGGGGGCAGGUGUCAUCUUAUGGGUUGUGUUAUGUUUUUAAGUCUAUUGGUAAAUGUUGCACGUGGAAAAUGCAUUGUUCAUUCCCUAGCUCCUUGCUGUCUAGCCAGGUCACUCUUAGAUGCUGUCUUUAUUGCUAACUGGUCUGGGAAGGGAGUGGAUUUAACUGAACUGGAGCUUCAUCCCAGGCAGUUCAGUUUACAGGAAAAGCAAUAAAGGUAGAGCCAUCUCUGAACACCUGUUUUUGGCACGACUUUGUUACAUAGCUGUGAUACUUACUCUCAAAAGGUAACUGAAUGGUAAGAAUGUUAUUCAUGAACUCUGCAUUUCUACUGAAAUUUUAGAUAUGUUUCCCGAGGUACCAGUGGAUAGAUCUGAAUCUGGUUGAGUUCAUCUGGAUUGCUGAAUGCUUUGCAGUGUUAAAGCUUCCAUAUUUCUAAGUACUUAAUGAAUGUCUGUCUUUUCAAGCCCAUACAGCUUUGCCUGUUAGGUGUAUCUGCUUGACAUACUCAGUUCCAGUAAGCUGUAUUACCACAGAAGAAGCCCAGAUAUUCUUCAGCUGCAUCCCGUUUCUCAGGCUGAAAAAGCAGCAAUGGCAGAUUUUCUUUGAUCAGCUUAAACCUUAAAGGGCUUCUUACAUCUCCUCCCCCAACCCUUGUGCUUUCAGUAUUAAUGUAUUUUUAAAGAAUCUUUUCUACUGUUUUUAACAGUGUUUACUCUGGAUUUCAUACUUAAAACUAGCCUUGCAGAUAAAAUUCUGGACUUGUCAUAUGUUGGACACAUCCAGCUUUGUGACAAGAGUUGUGUACUGUAAGCAAAUUACAAUGCAAUGCUAUGUUUGUUAGAGAUCACAGUAGGAGUGUUCUGCAUGGUUUAUGAUAAUUGUACUAUUUAUUCAAAUAAAUAAAUGAUGAUCA